AUGCCGGCGAAGGAAGUCGAGCAUGGCAGCGCAUCGACGGAGCUGCUGAACCAGUACGCCAAGUACUUCCCGCACGUCCUCUUCACCAGCCAGGAAGCCUUCGAGAAGCAUGCCGCGACCCUCGACCCUGAGGUGUACAAGACUUGCGUCGAUCUACCGGAAGGCGAGGAGUCGCCAGAGUCGAACCCGCGCGAGCACAUGUAUGUGCUGACGACACUGGUGGGCCGCAACCCGACCACCGCCGCCUUUGUGGCCACGCGCGGUUCGGACCCGUCGGAAAAGGUUGUGGCCAAGUUUGUCAUGCUGAACGAUGACCGGCAGGCCACGUACGCCCGAAGUGAGCUGCACUGCCUUGCCGCGUGCAAGCACUUCGGCAUUGUAAAACACUUCGACGACUUCAAGUCCGACGACAAGCUGUUGCUUAUUAUGGAGUACGGCAGCGGUGGCGACCUCAACAAGCAGAUCAAGCAGCGCCUGAAGGAGCACCUGCCGUUUCAGGAGUACGAGGUCGGGCUUCUCUUCUACCAGAUUGUGCUGGCCUUGGACGAGGUGCACAGUCGCCGCAUGAUGCACCGUGAUUUGAAAAGUGCCAACAUCUUCCUCAUGCCCACCGGCAUCAUCAAACUCGGCGACUUCGGCUUCUCCAAGCAGUACAGCGACUCCGUCUCGCUCGAUGUGGCGUCGUCGUUCUGCGGUACCCCGUACUACCUUGCCCCGGAGCUGUGGGAGCGCAAGCGGUACAGCAAGAAGGCUGAUAUGUGGUCCCUCGGCGUCAUUCUGUAUGAACUGCUCACCCUGCACCGUCCCUUCAAGGGGCCGUCGCAGCGCGAGAUUAUGCAGCAGGUGCUGUACGGCAAGUACGACCCGUGUCCGUGCCCUGUGUCGAGCAGCAUGCAGGCGCUGCUGGACCCGCUGCUGUCAAAGAACCCGACCGAACGGCCGACCACGCAGCAACUGCUGCAAACGGAAUUCCUCAAGUACGUGGCAAACCUGUUCCAGGAUAUUGUGCGUCACUCCGAAACCAUCUCGCCGAACGAUAGGGCAGAGAUUCUGAAGCAGCUGCAGGAGAGCGGCGAGCGAGCCCCGUUGCCGUCGUCGAUCCGCUAUGGCGUAAUGACCUCACAGGUGACCCACGGCGGGUAUCUGUACAAGUACGGCUCUGACUGCCGCUGGAAGAAGCGUUACUUCUACAUUGGUGAUGGCCAGCUGCGCAUCUCGCUGAGCGAGAACCCCGAGAAUGACGGCGUGGCCCCCAAGUCCGUUAACCUGGAGACGGUGGGUGACGUCUUUCCCGUGCCUGAGGUGUACUCGCAGAAGCACCCGAAUCAGCUGGUGCUGUGGUUCAACAACGGCCAGAAGAUCAUCGCGUACGCCAACACGAUGGAGGACAGAGACAUGUGGAUCUCAAAGUUCCACCGCGCAUGCGGUAUGUAA